CUGUUAUAGACAAACGAAUCCGACCUCUUUUGCGUUUGAAGAACAGGAAGAAAAUUGACUGAAAGAAAAUUUGCCACCAAUUCCAGGUGUAUGCACAUCAAAGGGAACAUGUGCAGUAUAGAGAAGAUUCUGACAGAUGCAAGGCUUCUUGUGAACAGGCUUCGAGAGCAUGACACAGCAGCAGAUUCACUGAUAGCUCAGGCCCAGGCAUUAAACAAAAGGGUGGAUGGGAUGAAACAGUACCAAGAGGACAUGAAUGAUCUUAAUGAAGUUGCACGACAUAGGCCUAGGUCAACAUUGAUUCUAGGCCUAGCCCAAGAAAAUCGACAAAUAAGAGAAUUACAGCAAGAGAACAGGGAACUGCGCAUAUCUUUAGAUGAGUAUCAGACAGCCCUGGAGCUAAUAAUGAGCAAGUAUAGAGAACAAGUGCUUAAGCUAGUCAUGGCUAGGAAAGUGGAUAACAAUGUGGACAGAGCAGUGAACAGUGCACAAAAUGGAAAGCAAUUACAGGAGAAAAUAGAUAAAAUCUGUGAAAUGGCUGCAGUGAUGCAGGAAUCUAUAAAAAUAGAUGACCUGGCCAUUCCCAAGGAAGAGGAAUUGGUCAAAAGACUAAAAAUUGAAAAUGAAGGACUGCGUGAGAUGCUUAGGAUAAGGAACAGUUUGAACCCUCCUCAAUUAUGUGAUCAUGAAUGUCAGACCAAUCUAGACGACUCCAUGGAACUGUCAAAUUCGCAGGAGGGCAUGUCAUAGUGCAUAUAGCAGUACUGAUAACACACCACACUCUGCAUACUAUUCCUGACCUUUGUUGAAAGUAGUAAUGAAACCUCAGCUCAAAGCAAAUGGACAGAGGUGAAGAAAUGGUGUCCUGGUUGAAAACAGUUUAUAUUUAAUCAAGUCUUCAUGUGGACGUUUGAGUGUGGAUUUGUUUUAUUGAUUUAACGGCUGUGUUUAAAGGUAAUAUUUAUUAUAAAGUAAACAACAACACUUUGUUUUCUGAGGCUUUAUUCAAGAUGAGAGCGUCUUAUUGGCAGCUGUAGCACAAACAACAGAAAUGAUAUUCUAGAAAUUAUCUGAUUAAGAUCAGUAGUCAACUAUGAUACAAGGUUAAUUCUCUCAGCAAACAUCUGGGUCUGGUUCACAUAAUUUCCUGCAUCAUUUUUUGUGUGUAUAAAACCAUCGAAGGGAGGCAUGCUGCCAACUGAUCACAAAGUAAUGAGUGUAUAUUGUGCACUUUUAAUUUCUCGAUGAAAAGGCUAAAGAUCAACAAUGUAGGCUGUAUGUUGAUUAUUGAAUGCCCCAUGCUUAAUAUUUCCAUCAGCAGUUUGAGAAUUGAAGUUUGUCAUCAUGUUCUUAUAAUACUUCACAUUAAGGCUGAGACAUUUAAAAUCAUUUGCAGAGUUAAGUGGAAGUGAAUUUCUGAAAAAAAUUUUGGAGUAUUGUUAUCAAGAACUUUGACAUUCAGAGAUAUUAUCAAGCAAGUUAUCCUGUAGUCAUUAGCAGAGCUGUGAAAAGACUACAAUACACUGUCCACUGUCACAGUGAUCCGGAUGGUGUCAACUUGGUUACAAGUGCAGCAGGACAUGCUUGCAGGAGGGGAAUCCAUCACAUCUGGGGCUAUAUUCCAAACUCUCAAUGUCAUUGACUGCUGCUAAAAUUUAGCCUCUACUUCUAUGAAUUUAGUAAACAGCUUUUAUGUCUCUGUUGCAGUCAUUGUUAAUUUAAUUCAACCAUGUUUAGAGUUUAACUUGAGAGUAUCACUUAGUGCACCUGUUAAUAUUUAAUGGCAAAGGGGUGAAAAGCUUUUUGACCCCAUAUUUAUAAGUAUUAUUAUGUUAUAUAUUAUUGUGGCAUUCCAUGAAUGAAGUGAGUCAUUGAUUUAGUGUGUGUGUGUGAUAAGAUUAUUUUGGAGAGCUGGUGUCCUUAGCUUCUUGAUUUGUUUAACUAUAACAUACAAGAUGGAUACAAUGUACCCUAAGGGGACCAUGGCGAAUUAUCAGACUAGUGGAAAUGUUUCUAAUUAUUGAAUAAUACAAAAAUUUCUUAGUAGCAUUUUAAACAUAUCAUUUAAAGCAUCUUGUCCAUCAUAUAGAGGUAUAUUCUGAGCAGUACAUUUCCGAUUCGGUGGCUGUUAUGAAACGAGCAAUCCUCAUAUUAAAUUGGUUUUUUCAACGCUGACAUUUGCUCUGGUCCCAUUUGAAGUAUUAAGGUCGAUCUCCAGACUUUUUUUAAUACAAAUACAACAUCUUAAAACCAAUU